AUGAUCUGCGCAUUUGCCAGAGAAGGGGAUUUUGCGCGAGCGCUGGGGCUCUUCCGCGCGAUGGAUCUCGAGGGCGCUCGCCCAGAUCGCGUGACCUUCGUCGCGAUCCUCGACGCUUGCGGCCAGUCGCUAGCGAUGGAGCUGGGGAUGUGGAUCCACGCCGAGCUCCUCGCGGCCGGAUUCCAGGGAGAGAUCACGAUCUCCACCGCGCUGGUGGAGAUGUAUGGCAGACUGGGCAAGAUCGAGGACGCGAGGCGGGCUUUCGAUCGCGCCACUGGGAUCGAUGGCGCUGGCGGCGACGCCGUGCUAUGGGCAGCGAUGCUCGCGGCCUAUGCGAUUAAUCACUCUCCCUCCCAGGCGCGCGAGUUCUUCGAGAACACUCCUCCCAGGCGGCGAUCCAGCGUCUCGUGGACCACGAUGGUCACAGCCUACGCCCGCGCCGGCGAUCUCCACGCGGCGCGCCAGCUCUUCGACCAGAUCCCGCGAAAGAACAACAAUGUCGUCGCGUGGAACUCGAUCAUCACCGCGUAUGCCCAGUCCGGGCAUCGCCGCCGCGAGGCUCUCGAUCUCUUCCGCGCCAUGGAUCUCGAAGGCAUCGCUCCCGACAGCGUCACCUUCACCGCCAUCAUCGAUUCGUGCUCCGGCGUCGCCGAGGGAAGGAUCGUCCACUCCAUUCUCACCGACGAGGGGAGAGGAUGGAUCGCCCACUUCGCGAUCCAGACGGCACUGGUAGCGAUGUAUGGAAACUUUGGCCACCUCCGCGAGGCCAAGCUCGUAUUUGACGAUCUCAAGCACCGCGACGUCAAAGCCUGGAGCUCCAUGCUCGCGGCCUUUGCUCUAAACGGCCAUAGCCACGAAGCUCUCGAGAUCUUUCACGCCAUGCAGCUCCACGGCUUCACUCCAAACUCCGUCACCUUUGUGAGCGUUCUCCUGGCCUGUGCUCACGCCGGCCUUCUCAGCGACGUCUACUCCCACUUUGCGUCCCUCUCGGCGGACUACGCCAUAGCUGCGAGCUUGGAUCACUAUAUGUGCGUCGUUGAUGCUCUGGCGAGAUCUGGAAGGCUCAGAGAGGCCGAAGAUCUCAUCGCCACCAUGCCUUAUGAGCCGGAUGCUGUGGCCUGGACGUCGCUUCUCAGUGCUUCCACUGCUGCUGGUGAUUCUCACAGGGCCGGGAAGGCUGCGGAGUACGUCUACGAGCUCGAUCCCACAAAUGCUGCGCCUUAUACUCUACUUUCCGGUCUCCAUCUCGGCCCUGCUAGAAACGCUGCUUCUUCAUCUUCGUCUUCCUCGUCUUAUUCCUCGUCUCGUUUGUCCGACCAUGUAACCAAAACCGAAGACGAUAGUUCCUGUCUUUCCACCCUGAACUUCUGUCAAUUUUGA